UUUUGCUGCAAUCAAACAUUUGCCAUUGGUGUUGAAGAUAUUCUAUUCUUCUUCUUCUUCUCCAAACAAUCCCUUUCACGUUCUGUCUUUUCCGUCAUAAUUUCUGCCUUCAGUUUUGGACGGUGGAAAAAACUCGUCCUUCGAUGCUCUUUCUGCAUCCUUUAUCUGCCAGAGAGUUCAAGCGCUCCCAACAAGCACUCUUCUCCUUUGGUUCCUGCAAAGAAGCCUGGUACUAUCGCAGCCUCGGCCUCGACCCCUAAACCCCAUCUAUUCCUUUCUUUCAAACUCUCUCUUGCAGUCCCCAAUUCUUCUUUUUUGUCACUUUUGUUGUUUAAAUCUAUUUGGGGUAUUGGAGAUUUCAAGGAACUAUAUCUUUCACCUUCUAAGCCUUCCUUUUUGUUUGAUUUCAUUUGGAUCUUCGGAAAAGCGAAGGAAACAAAAAACAUGUUGAAGAGGACCGUGUCAGAGAAAUCAGUGCUGCUGAAGCAUAAGAAGAAUAAAGAAGCUCAAACAAAUGUGAAGAAUAACAGAUUCUUGAUCACAGUCAAUGUUGUUGGAAGUGUAGGACCAAUAAGGUUUGUGGUGAAUGAGGAUGAUCUUGUUGCUGGGGUCAUUGACACUACUCUCAAAUCAUAUGCACGCUUAGGCAGGCUUCCGGUCCUUGGUUCCGAUGUCAACAAUUUCUUUCUCUAUCCGGCAGCCAAAUUCGAGACUUUGAAUCCAUGGGAACGGAUAGGAACUCAUGGGGAAAGGAACUUUGGGCUUUACAAGAAGAAGAGCGAGUCGCAAAUUACGAAAGAGAUGUCAGAGAUGAUAGAUCAAAAGGGAAGUGGGAGAUUGAAGGAUUGGGUUAACAGGUCCCUUAGUUUCAAGGUAUUAUCUCAUUAAGAUGUCUGUGCCUUGAAAAGUUUUCAUUAGCUAAGAAGAUCGAUGUUAUAUCUAUAAGCUAAAACAUGUCGAUCAUGCCUAAAUAAAUGUGUGUUAUCAAGCUUCACUGUAAUCGAAUUGUAAUGAUAAUGCAUCAUUUAAUGCUUUUGGUAA